ACGCUGGAAAAGAACGUGACCUGCUUUCUUAACAUAAAACGAGGAGCCGGACGUAAAUAUAAACAUAAUGGAUCGAAGGAGAGACUUUUGGAUAGACCACAAGACGAAGGUCGUCCCUUCUUUUUUAAUGGUUGAGAGAUGACGGAAUGGCAAAUGGAAAAAAUCCGGAAGGCGCAUGCGCCGCCCAGCAGCAGCGGAGAAGUAGAUGGGAAGAAAAUUCCGCUUUUGGGGGGUUCAUUCUCAGUUGUACAUCGUCAGUUCAUCCGUGCACAGUUUCCCCCCGGUUUUUUCGUCAGUCGCCGGAAUUGUGUUGUGUUUUUUUUUUAUUUCUUUCGCCGACGGAUAGCCGGAGGCGGUCGGAAAUAUAAGAAAAAUGGAGCACGUCUUCUUUUAUUUCUACUGUCUCAUCAACGUCAUUCUGCAAUUACACGACGUCAAAGGUUGCAACGUGACCCUGUGGCCGCGGGUGCGUUUCCAGCAUCGCUUCGGGGCCGGCCCUUGCUUCUUCCGCUUGCCCAACCGGCCUCCUGCUGGCGGUGGCGACCAGCAGCAGCACUGGUGGAUCGAAAUCGCCUUCAGCUCCUUCCAAAUGGGCCGAUCAUUCCUCAAUCAAAGUUGCCCCACCGGCCACUUGAAAUUUGUCGAAGAAAUGGACGAUCAGGAAAGUUCUUCCGGAACUUUUUGCGGGCGGCUGAGCGGAGAUUCGCAAACUUAUCUGACCCGGGCCAAGAGUUUGACCCUUUACGCCCAUCCCGUUUCGGAGCCGGACCACUUUAACGCCUAUUUCGACGUCCUGUCGGCGGAAGCGCUGCGGAAGCGCUACCCGGAGAUGCUGAGAGCCAACAGCCUGACGCCGGAUUCCGACGGCGGAGGCGGCCACCAGUGCGACGUUCUGAUCCGCAACUGCCCGAACGUUUGCCGAUUGUCGUCGCCGCUCUAUCCGGUCAGCGCCUAUCCGCGCAACGUCACCUGCCGCUAUCGCGUCCUUUUCGACCGUGACGACUGGCAGGUCGUCCUGGGCGGUCAGCCGGGCGAUCGCUACGACCUGGGACUCCAUCAUCCGCACCAGCAGCAGCACUGCAGCCACCACGCCGAUCGAUUGAUCAUUCACGAGAAAUUAGCCGGACACCAGCAGUACCAACAGGUGGCCAAAUUUUGCGGGCGCGGAAAUUUUCCAAAGAUCAUUGCUCAGAGUGGUCAAGUCAUGGUGGAACUGAUCACUUCACCGUCGGGGUUCUUCCAUCAGGGAUUCCGGUUGAGUGUGAGCCACCAACGGCGGAAGCGGUCGGAUCAUCACAGCAUCAUCUCUCCGUGUUAUCAUUCCAUCACGGCCGUGGGCGGAGGCGGACAGUUUUAUCAGCAGGGAUCCGUCGUGUCACCGCGUCACUGGUUCCCUCGCCACGUCGAUUGCACCUGGACGCUCACGUCCGCCCGCAUUUGGCUGGAAAUCCAUUCGAAAAGCAAUAACAAGUUGUCCAGCAGCUGGACGACGACCAGUCACAACAACGCCACUUGCUUCCAUCGCUUGCAACUGCACCGGACGUCGUCCGAUCCGGCCGAGCAGAUGACCAUCUGCGAGUCCAACUCGUCGUCGUCGGCCGGCCAGCAGCAGCUGCAGACGUCCACUCCGACGCUCCUGGUCCGCGAUCGCGUCCAGUUGAGGUUCACCAGUCUGCGAGGAUCCAUGACUGGAUCGGAGAUGGAUUUCAGUCUGUUCUACAUGCUCCUGCCGGAAGAAGUUGCGGCGGUGGCCGAGACUUUGUGCGACAGGAUCCUGGAGGAUUCCAACGGGACGAUCGACUUGAUCGGCGAUCGGCUCCUUCUGAUGCGCCACAGGCAGCUCAAGUGUCGCUACCGGUUCCAGGCUCCUGACGGCGGUGACGAUUACCGCAUCCGCAUCGUCAUCCGGCAGAUGGUGUUCGACCCGAUCCGCCAGUGUGAGCCCGGAAGAGACGACGACGAGUGUUCCAGGAUGGAUUCGGAUCGCCAGGACUUUGACUGGCUCCUGGUGUCCGAUCGCGACCUGCUCCACUGUUUCUGCCAGUCCAGCAACAGCCAGGAGCCGAUCGUGGUGGAGAGUGCUUCGAAUCGGCUGGACGUCCAGCUGGAUUUGAAACACAUCUACGACCAGUCGUACAAGGAUCCCGACAUUUACCGCUUCCAGAUCGAUUACAGCUGGAUCGAGGACAGCGGAUGCGGUAACCCGAUCGAGGACGAUCAGGGCGGAAUGAUCCGCUGGACGGCCGAUCCCAGCAGCGCCAGCAGCACUCAUCUCCUUCCCUGGCGGAGUAAUCAAUCUUGCACCUGGCUGAUUGAGGUGCCGGACAACGAUCGGAUCCUCCUGAAAAUCAAUACCGACCAACUGGGAGAUUCGGCCGAUAAUUGUCACGUGUCGCUGGGCUACCACGGCCGUCAAAACGACAGUAGCCGACACCAUCAACACCAACAUGGCCAGCAGCAGCAGCGACGACGUCUCCGCCAGGCGGUGGCCAUGGACAACAGGACGGGCCAAUUUUGUUCCAUGAACGCCGAGUUCAUUAGUCCAUUCGGCCUGCGCUACCUGCACGUCCAACUGGAGACGGCCAAUAAUCCCAGGGCUCGUUUCCUGCUCAAGUGGAACGUCCUCUUCAGCAGUAGCGCUCCUGAAUCAUCUUCAGCCGUCGAUGAGGGACAAAUAGGAGCAGCAGCCGGAGCAGGUGCCAACGGCAGCAGCAGCAUCUUGUCAUUAUUCCCGUGUCCGGACAGUAACUGGUCAAUCCCUGAGAGUCUCGUCUGCGACGGCCGGAUCAACUGCCCCCAGCAGAGCCUCUUUGGCUCCUUACUGGACGAGGAGUCGUGCACGAGCAGGAACAGCAGCUACUACCAGGAUUAUUACUACCCGUGGGUCAUGGUGUUGGUGGUGAGUUUCGGGUUCAGCGUCAUGAUUUCACUGGCCAGCGUCUCCUCUCACGUCCGCAAGUGGAGGGAAGUCAAGACGUCCAUCACCUCCUCCUCCUCAGCUGUUGAAUGAUUAUUUCAUCGUUUGAAUUAUUUUAUUGAUCGUUCCACCUUUGUGAUGCGAGGGGAAUUAUUAUUGAUGGCCCUUAAUGGUUGUGACUGAAUUUUACAUGACGUCAUCUUUUCACUGGGCUGGGCGAGGGGGCGAAAGGAAAGGUGGACGUGUGAAUUUCUUAUAGCACCCCUGUGAAGCACCUUGCGUGAUCGUGAAAAAUCGUCAAUUUAAUAUUUCUUCUUUCUUGUGAGAAAUUGAUUUUUCAUCUUAUUCCGGUUCCGUUUUUCUUCUUUCGUGGUUGUGACACAUUCGUCGUUGCGGCCAAUAACCAUUUUUAUUUUUUCCCCGUGAUGAAAUCAAUAUUACGUAAAACACCCUCCGGACACACACGUACACACCAAAAACCGUCAAAAAGUUCCUUUUUUUGUUUUUGUUUUUGAACAAAAUAAAUUCCGUGUAACUUCUUAUUUGGCUGCUGCUGCCCAGGGGCCGGCCAGAGCAAGACAUUGAUGAAAAUUGGACAACAAAGUUUCAUGUUCACGUUUUCCCCCCUCCUUCUUU